UCUCUCUCUCUCCAUAUAUAUAAAUACUUCUCUCCAGUUUCAGCCACCAAUCGCUAACAAAGAUUGGAAGAAUUCUCCAGAGGUUUCCCCUCUCUCUCUCUCUAAGAUUGGAGAUCCUCCGAAUAAUCAGGUCCGUCCAAUAAUCGGAAUAAGAUCUGGCCAUCGGAUAAUCGGGACCUUUGUCGUGAUCGGAAUGGCGAAAUGCUUCAGCUUCACGGCGUCGAGGGACUGGUGCUACCGCUACACGUUCACGGCAGCCGGGCUCCAGUCGACGACGACCGACCUCGGCGACGGGACCACCUUGCACUGCUGGGCCCCACGCGGCCCAAAGCCAGAGAAGCCCGCCCUCCUCCUCAUACACGGAUUCGGGGCCAAUUGCAUGUGGCAGUGGAGCGAACAGCUCCGGCCUCUCCUGGCCUGCUACAAUAUCUACGUCCCCGACCUCCUCUUCUUCGGCGAGUCGGUCACGACCCGGCCGGAACGGUCUGAGUCGUUCCAGGCCCAGUGCCUGAUGCGGCUGAUGGAGUCGAUGGGGGUGCGGACGAUGAGCUUGGUCGGGAUCAGCUACGGCGGAUUCGUGGGCUACAGCAUGGCAGUGCAGUUCCCAGAGGCGGUCGAGCGGGUGGUGCUCUGCUGCACGGGCGUGUGCUUGAAAGAGAAGGAUCUGGAGGAGGGACUGUUCCCCGUGCGGGAUUUGGGGGAGGCGGCUGAAAUUUUGACGCCGCAGACACCUGAGAAGCUGAGGGCGCUAGUGAAACUGUCCUUCUACAGGCCGCCCCGCGCCGUGCCCUCGUGCUUCCUCUCCGAUUUCAUCGAUGUGAUGUGUACAGAUCAUGUUGAAGAGAAAAGGGAGUUGAUUAAUUCGAUACUCAAAGACCGGAAGCAUCUAGAGCUUCCCAAGAUCACUCAGCCGACCUUGAUAAUAUGGGGAGAGCAAGAUCAGAUAUUCCCCUUGGAAUUGGCCCACAGGUUAAAAAGGUUUGUUUGGAAUGUUUGGAUGGAUUGUCAGAAAAUUUGUAGGCAUCUGGAGGAGAAUGCACAGAUGGUAGUCAUCAAGCACGCUGGGCAUGCCCUCAAUCUUGAGAAGUCCAAGGAAUUCUGCAAGCAUUUGAAGGCAUUUCUUAUUGAUUCCCUUCACCAAGAUAAAAGCAGAAAGGUAGAGUGAUACUCUCACUCUGAACAACUUCAUUUCCUGGAGCGCCUUUUGCCCCUAUAAAUGGGAAGCAGCCCACUGCUCUGCACAUCUCAGCAGGGUGGCAAUAGGCAACCCAAGAGCUCUUUUCACAUGCUAACUGAUUUACGGUGAGCAAGCAAGGUUUAUUUCACAUUUCGGGGGACGGAAACUUGUACAGUGGAUGAAGCUAUGCCAAUGGGAGGAUGAUUCUUUUCAUUGAUAAAAUUGAAUUUGAAGUGUUUGUGGAUUGAAGUUGGCAACUAUUCUAUUGCCAUUCGAGCACUUAAAAGGUGCCCGGUUCAUAGAGGAUGAACAAAAACUGCUGUUAUUUCCUUUUCUUUUUCUAGUGUGGAAUUCACUGCACAUAUUAGGGUGGAAGGCAAACCCGUCCAGCUUCCUCCUGCAGCUUUGAGUCAAUGAAUGUAUAUUGUAAAACUCGGUGUAGAGUUCAUUUGAGAUUGGUUUGUAUCAAAGAUUUGUCAGGGGCACUUUUUGAGUCA